AGUGGUUAUUUCUUAUCACUCGCUGUCAUUCGCUUUCUCUUUCGCACAUUAUUUCAAAAUGGCAGCCGCUACGGACGAACUGAUCUUGCUUGAACGAGUAUUCCUUCGCUUGGGUUCUGCAGAGACUGAUGAACAGUUACAAGCAUCAGUAUGUAAAUUUCUGCCACCAGUUCUACUUAAGCUGUCUAGUGCCCAGGAAGGUGUUAGAAAAAAAGUAAUGGAGUUAUUAAUUCAUAUAAAUAAAAGAGUAAAAAGUAGACCACAAGUUCAACUGCCAGUUGAAGCACUUUUGUUACAGUAUCAAGAUCCUGCUGCCAGUUCAUUUGUGAUUAAUUUUACAAUUAUAUAUAUAAAACUAGGAUAUCCCAGAAUGGAAAUACAAAAGCAAGCUGAACUAAUUCCAAGUGUGUUAAAUGCUAUAGAAGGAAAACCAUUGUCUCAUCAAGAUAGUUUAAUGCUUAUAAUCAUGCCUGCAUUGGGUCAUAUUAAUGUUCCUAUGGAUCCCGAUAAACGAGCAUCUCUGCUUGGUCUGCAAGAUAAACCUUAUGUAUCAAAACAAUUAAUCAAUUUUAUGCUUGAUGUUCUGUUGUUACCAUAUGGAUCUGUAGGACAAACAGAAAAUCAGCAGCCAGGUCAAGCUAUUGACUGGUCACAGUUUCCUGUACCACCAGGAUUAAGUGAAUAUGCAUUUAAAAGAGUAAUAGGUGAAAAUCCACCAACAGCUGAACAGCUAGAACAAACGAAAUUGGGAAUUGUUAAAUUUCUUAGUAGCGGAUUCUUUCCUGAUUCUGAUAUUCUCAUACACUUUAUAGUGGCAGCUGCUGAUACCAGAUUCAGUGUUGCUAAUAUGGCAGAUUUAGAGUUGAAAAAGAUUGUUAAUACAUUAGAUUGGUCUUCAAUGCAGUUAGCUGCUCCGCUUUAUACAUUAUUUCUGGGUACUAAUGCCUUAGCUGCCCAAAAGGAAGUUAAACCGGAAAUGAAACGAUCACCUGCGAGUACGCGAAUUCGUCUUAAAUUGUUGCAUUAUCUUUGUCGUGUAACUAAAACUGGUUUUAUUAUACCACCUUGUAUUCAGGUAGUCUUUGAUUCACUUUAUGGAAAAAAUACAAACACAAAGUUGAAAUCAAUGGCAUUGCAAUUUACAUCAAAUAUUGUGCAACAAUGUAGCCUAGCGCCAUUAUCCCGUGUAGCUGGAGUUAUUUUAAAUGGUAUGAUAAAAUUAAUUUCUGAAGGUGAAGAUACUCAUAAAGUAAUGGCAUAUAAUGUUAUUGGACAAUUGGGACAUAGAAUACCAUCGCUGAUUAAUAAAGAUUCAAGUUUAUUACGUAACUUAUUUGAUACACUCGUAUCGACUGAAGGUGAUUUACGAAGAGCAGUGCGAGAUGCAUUGAUUGCGGUAACGUCUGCAUUUGUACUGAGUAAAGAGGAAGAAACUAAUAUAAAUUUAAUGAACGAAUUGUUAUCCGCUUACAUCGAAUCACCGGAAUCGAACGUCAGAUUUGUGGCUAUGCAUUAUGCUGCUAAUGUAUUUCCCUCUGAUGAUGCGCCUUCUCGUUAUCUUCUGUUGCUAGCAUGUGGUGAUAAUAAACAUGAAAUAAGUACAGAAGCUAGAAAGGUUCUGUACAUUGAUAUGAAUAAAAAUGAGAAUGAUAAGCAAGAUAAUAAUCAAACUUUAUUACCAGAUUUCCAAAAACUUGUUAUUUAUAUUUAUUCAAAGAUGCAAACAAGAAUGCCGACUUCAAGUAAUGGGAAAGUGAAUGUUGAAAGCAAAGUACUUCCUUACAGCAUUACUGUAUUUACAGAGAUAAUUACUUAUCUUCGUAUUUGUUUAGCGAACAGUGCGAAUGUUACUGUAUCCAAUGAACCAUUACAACAUCCGUGUGAAAGUACACCUUUAAUUGCACGUUAUUUAGAGAAUCUUUAUAAAGAACAACCGGAUACAGUAAACAAAUAUUAUGACAUGAUUUUAAUCUUUAGUAAUGCUUCUGCAGAUCAGAUUUCUCUGCAAGCUUUGUUAGAAGUAGUCAGUUUUGUUCCACAAUAUAUAACAAGAAUUUAUGAAAAACAAUCGUCAUGGCUUCGUAAUCUACUUACAUCUACAAAGCCGGAAGUGAGACAAUUAGCUGCUAAAGUUUAUGGUGUGGUAACUGCUACACUGCCUAUAAAUGAGUUUGGGACUCAAAUUUCUGAGAUUAUGGCUAUUACGAAUAAAAAGAACUUAGAACCUCAGCAUGGAGGAUUAUUAGCUUUGACAUAUAUGAUGGAAAGACGAUUAUUAAUUCUUAGAAGGAAUACAAAUGAGUCGUUUAAUUGGGACCUUUAUGUCAAUGUUGUAAAAAUGAUAUGUAAUUUUCUUCAUAAUAGUACAAUUCCAUUAAUGGAUGCUGCAAUUCAAAGUAUCGGUAUUUUGGGAAAAACUCAUGGAUUACCAUUACCUGAUGAUGGUGAAGAAGAACCAAAUAAAAAAGCAAUUGUAGAAACGUUAUUUUCGACGGUGACUAACGCGAAAUUAAAUACUAAGAUUAAAGAAAAGGCUGCACUUUCAUUAGGAUAUUUGUGUGUAGGAGAAAAUUUCCCACACACUUCACAAAUAAUCGACAAAAUAAUUGGAAUUGUUAAAGAAACGAAAGAUAUUGAAAUACAUUUAAUUUUGGGAGAAGCAUUAGUCUGCUGUGUUCAAGGUGAAGCAUCUCCAGAGAAAAGGGAUGCUUGGACAACUUUACCAAAUGAACAUGAUGUACCUUGUAGUAACACCAGUACUGAAUUAUUAAUAAAAACAUUAGAUAGAUUGCUUGGAAUGUACAAAGAACCACAUCCUAAUUUAAGACAGGCGGUCUGUGUGUGGUUGUUAGCACUUUUAAAAUAUAAUAUCCAAAGGGAAUGCGUUAAACAAAGAUUUCCAUCGUUGCAUCGUGCAUUCAUGGAUUUCCUUUCAGAUGAGAGCGAUAUAGUACAGGACAUAGCAGCAAAAGGACUUAGUUUGAUACAUGUUAACAGUAAUAAAGAAGAAAGAGAAUCUUUAGUUUCUAGUAUAUUAGCUCAAUUUACACAAGGACGUAGGAGCGUACAAGAAGUAACACCUGACACAAAAUUGUUUGAAGAAGGUCAAUUGGGAAAAUCACCAACAAGCGGCAACUUAUCUACGUACAGAGAAAUUUGUUCUUUGGCUACAGAAUUACAAAAACCAGAUCUGAUAUAUUACUUUAUGCAUUUAGCGAAUCACAAUGCAGUAUGGACCUCUAAAAAAGGUGCUGCAUUUGGAUUUGCAGCAAUUGCGAAAAUCGCAAGUGAGGAAUUAAAUAAAUACUUGCCCAGUAUAGUUCCACGCUUGUAUAGAUACCAAUUUGAUCCAACUCCUAAAAUUCAACAAAGUAUGUCUAGUAUUUGGCGUGCAAUCAUCCCAUCAACAAACAAAGCAAUUGAACAGUAUCAUCAAGAAAUCUUAGAUGAUAUAAUUGAUAAUUUAACAAAUUACGAAUGGCGAGUGCGAAUCAGUUGUUGCAAUGCACUUGCAGAUCUAUUAAGAGCAAAUGUUCGUUUAAAUCUUGCAAAAUAUGCUCCAGAAUUAUGGAAAAAAUUGUUUCGAGUAAUGGAUGAUAUUCACGAGGGCACACGAGUAGCUGCUACAAAUACAUCUAAAAUACUUAGUAAAGUUUGCAUUCGAUACUGUGAUUCUUCCUAUGGCAAAGAAGGAGAAGAAGUGUUACAAGCAAUAUUGCCUAUACUAUUGGAUAUCGGAGUUAUUCAUGUUUUGAACUCUGUAAGAUCAGUAUCUCUGCAAACAGUGUCCCAAUUAAUUCCAAAGGCUGGUAAUUUACUUAAGCCAUCGUUAAUCACUUUAAUACCUGCACUGUUGAAUGCAAUUGGCGAAUCAGAAAAUCCUAAUUUAUCGUAUUUGAGUAAUGUAUGCGGAGGAACAGCCGAGGCACGAGACGUUAUUGAUAAUAUUAGAGCUAGUGCUGCUAAAGGGCAUUAUGCUACUGACACAAUAACGAAAUGCAUACAGUACAUUGAUGCAGAUAUUUUAAAAGAAUUAAUGCCAAAGGUGAUAGAAUUAAUUAAAUCCAGCGUGGGUUUCGGAACAAAAAUUACUUGUUUGCAUUUUAUCAUUCUUUUAAGUACUCAUUUUAAACAAGAAAUGCAACCUUAUACUGGUAAAGUUUUAUCGACUUUAAUGAAUGGAUUAUUGGAUCGUAAUUCUGUCGUUAGAAAAAACAAUGCAACUGCUAUUGGACACAUAGUUGGAUCAGCUAAAGAAUCGAGUCUUGACAAAUUAUUUAAAACACUUAACACGUGGUACAUAGAACGAGAUGAUUCAGUCAAGUUAGGUAUUGGACAAACCCUACAAGCUAUAAAUAAUUAUAAUCAAGAGACGCUAAGAAAUUAUUCAAAUAUUGUUAUACCUCUUACCUUUUUCGCAAUGCAUGGACAAAAAACACAAGAAAACGAAAACUUAAUUGACUUAUGGACUGAUGUAUGGAACGAGAUAACUCCAGGAACUGAAGCAGGAAUCAGGCAAAAUGUGGAAUCAAUAACAAACAUUUUACGUAGUUCUUUAGAAUCAGCUUCUUGGCACACAAAAGCACAAGCAGCUAACGCAGUUAAUACGUUAGCUCAAAAAUUAGGUAACGAUAUCGAUGCAAACGUGAGAAAUACUUUGUUGAAAGUGUUAAUCGAUGGAUUACGAGGAAGAACGUGGGACGGCAAAGAACGAUUGUUGAGUGCUCUUGCCACCCUGACGUGUAAUAGCAAGCAAGGUCUUGAAGAGAAUACCGAGAUAACUGCAGAUAUAGUACAAGCGUUAUAUAGAGAAAGUAAAAAGGAGGCUUUAGAAUAUCGUCGUCAUGCUCUAAAAGCAUUUGGUAUGGUUUUGCAUGAAUUAAACGUCAAUAAAUUUAAGGAAGUAUACGAUAUCGCUCAAGAAAUUUGGACAACGUUGCCAAAGAAAGAUGAAUCCGAAUCUCUAAUUUCUGAUGAGAGAAUAAAAAGGAACGAUGACACAGUGAAAUUAUACGAGACCAUUUUUGAAACACUUGGAAAAGCAUGGCCAUCUUCUUGUAAAGAAACUCAAGAUAAAUAUUGUAUAGAGCUUAUAACAUGUUGUGAUAAAAUGUUUCCUCUUCAAUCUACAACUAUACAAAUAUCAAUAUUAGUAAUGCUUAAUUUAUUUGUGGAUAAACUUGCUUUGCUCAAAACAAGUAAUUCAGAAUUAUCAAUCAAAGAUAAAGAAAUGUUGGAUUCAAUUUGUAAUACGCUUAAUAAAAUAUUAAGUCGUAGUAUAGAUAUUUCGUAUACCAGGAUAAGAAAAGAAGCCUUGAAUAUGGUUCUGUCUCUUGGUAAAAAGUUACGCGAUACUAAAAAUACUGAACAAUUUGAUAAAAUGACCUUAGUAAUUCAGAAAGUUUUAUCGGAAUUAACAAAGGAUAAUGAACCAGAAAUUCGAACAAGACUUAUUGAUAUCAAAGAAAUGUUUAAAAUAUGAAAUCAGUGCUUAAUUUUAGUAUUAUCUAAUCGAUGUUCUGUAUCUCCAAAGUUAAUAACUUUAUUUUCAGUCACUUCAAGGUAGAGAUGAUGAUACAGAAGUAUGGUAUCUAUUAAUAUGUUUAUUUAAAGACACUUUAUUAUAAAUGUUUCUAGCAUGAACAAUUAUUUAAUAAUAUAUAAUUUAAGUAUAAACCAACUGAUACUUGUUAUAGUUUUCUAUUUUUUCUUUUAUAUCUGGCUUGUAAAAAGAUAGAAAAUGUUUUCACAUAUUACACAAAUUCAACCAUUUUGAUUUUUAACAAAUAAAUAAUUCAAUUUAUUUUAUGAUCUUUUUAAAUCAACGAGAUUUAUGUUUAAAAUCGCAUUUUAAUGGGGUAAGUAUAUUAUAAUAGGCAAUAAUAACUAUGAUUAUACAUGAUGUAUCAUUUUGAUAUAAGUAGAUACUUAUAUACAUUAACAAAUUACAAAAAAUAAGAUUUGAAAUUUGACUGAAUAAAUUGUAAGUAUUUGUGUUACAAAUAAAAAACAGUCUGAAAGUUA